CGGGGAGCAGGUGAGGGGAGCCCGGUCCCCCCGGGGCCAGCGUCCUCCCGCUCGGUGCCUCUCGGUACCCUCGACGCCCCACAGGCCCCGACUGUGUCCCCAGGGCACCGUGGGGCUCCUGCUGCUCGGGGGUUGCAGGACCGGGGCUGUCCCGGCGGCAGGCAGGCCGCAGGCCCGGCGCAGAGCCCCGAGGCCUAGCAGCCACACAGCUGCUCCCUCCAUAAGCUGUCCCGCCGGCGGGUCCCGGCCUGUACAGAAGUACAUAAAAGAUCGAAAUAAAUCCUCUGCUCUCGCGGAGGGGAUGGGUUGCACCGGCUGGAUUUAGCCUGGAGAAAAGGAGUCUGAGAAGGGAACUUACUGCUCUCUACAAUUCUCUGAAAGGAGGGUGUAGCCAGGGCUCAGGAUGGACUUUCUGACACUCUUCUUGAUUUAUUUGUGUUUUGUGCUCGCUACUUUUGCUCUGCUCUGCAUCUGCUCGGGAAGGAAGGAGAGUUUCCUCACAAGAAGUGUCAACAGUGCAAGCCAGGUGUUGUCAUUUAUAAUCCCCACACAGCUCCAGAGGGUGACACAGAGGGCACUUCACAAGCUCUUCCACACAAGAAGCUGUUUGUUUGUUGUCCUGCACAUAGCCUUGCAGGCUGCGGUGUAUGGGGAAUACACAUGGGAAGUGUUUGUUUACUGCUGGGAGCUGCAGUUCCACCUCCUCCUCCUGCUGCUGCCCUACCUGCUGCUGGCUGGGAACAUGGGCUGCUUCAUUCUCUGUUCCAGGGCCAAUCCUGGUAUAAUAACAGAAUCAAAUCAUGCAGCGUUGGUUAAGAUUUAUGCAUAUGAUGGUGUGUUAUUUCAGAAAGGUGUCGUGUGUCCUACCUGCGACAUGGAGAAGCCAGCCAGAUCAAAACACUGCAGUUUCUGCAAUACAUGUGUACAUCGUUUUGAUCACCACUGUGUGUGGGUCAACAACUGCAUUGGUGCCUUCAACGUCAAGUAUUUCUUCCUUUACCUUUUGACACUGACUGCCAUGGCUGCCACCGUUGCCACUGUCACAGCCACGUUUCUCAUCCAAGUGGUGCUGCUCUCCAACAUGAUGCACGGGAGUUACGUUGAUGACCAAGGACAAGAGCGUGCUGUCGAGAUUCUCUUCAUCAUUCAGCACCUUUUCUUGACUUUUCCUAGGAUUGUCUUCAUGCUUGGUUUUGUUAUCCUUCUCACGCUCGUACUGGGCGCUUACUGCUGCUUCAAUCUGUACUUGGCCUUGACCAACCAAACUUCCAAUGAAUGGUAUAAAUCCAGAAGAUACGGGUGUUCCCACCAUCUAACGUCGCAGCCUCAUGACAGACGAGUUGUCUAUAAAAACAUCUAUUCUAAAGGAGUCUGGAUGAAUUUAAAGGAAAUCUUUAAGCCUCCUACAGUGUUGGAAAGAAAGAAGAAAACUUGAAGAUAAUACUCUCUAUAUAUGUAUUUUUUUAACCUUUUGUAAGACUUUACUUCAGCACUGUGCUUUGAUGCCCCAAGCAACUUUUAUAAAAGGAUUAUGGUAUUUCGAUUAAGUGAAACUAUGUUUUCAUAAAGCAAACUAGUCCUUAAAAAUCUAGAGUUCUUCCGAGUUUAUCACUGCUCCUACCAGCUGUGACAGUGGCCUGUCCAGUCUUUUCAGACCCAAUCACAGUAUUGAAGCAAGCUGUACUAGAGAUAGGUCCAGCUGAGGAACACAUACACAACUUUUUUUUGUGAUUACUGUUUGGAUGCUGCAUUACAGCACAGUAUAAUGAGCAAACUGAGUUCCUCAGUGCCUUUGGUACAUCUUAAGUAGGUCUUCCUGCAGGAGACUUUACAGGAAUAGAGCAAUGUCACACAUGUGGAAGCAAUAAACAUCUGAAUGCAGGUUAUUUGUCAACUAUCCACUUUUUUUUUUUUUUUCCCCUGCAGGAAAAUAGUAACUCCCAGCUGGCUGUAUUUAGCUGUGAGCUACUCUUUGCAGCAGUAUUGUGGUUAACAGUGUCUCAGCAGAGCACUAGUGAAGAUACUUCACUUGGUGAGAUCUCUGGGGUUAAGUUUAGUCCUCGUUUCCUUGUUAGAGGGACCAGCAGUGAAUUGGCCGGUGUGGAGAGGCACGUCGGGUCCAUCUUACUGAAGUGAAUCUUUUCCUCUCUGUGUACAAGCAAGGGAAGAGCUAACAAAGAGCUGCUGUGAACUUUGAGGAAGCUUCAUCUUUUUGUGAGUACCUUUGUUUCACAAAUGAUUACUCCAUUACUGUUAACAGUAUGCAGAAUAGGUUGCAUGUUUUUAGGUGAAAAAAACCACGAUUACAUGUAGAAUCUUAGCCUGCAGAAACCACCUUCUACUGCAAAUUUGUACUAGUUUGGAGCACCUUAAUUUCAGAAAGGAAACUACUACAAGUGCUACUUCUUACCUGCUAAGUCUCUUUCUUGUACCUGUUUUUAGCUGUUUGAAAAUAAGAUGCACUUUCAGCCUUAGAGUUAGGAAAAUAGUGGACUUUAGGACAAAAUUUCAGCAACCUGAAAAGGGGAUCAGAUGUUUGAUACUGAGCUUGGGACAUAAAGGUCUUGGCAGAUAACAGACUUAAUCGUUCUGGCAUUUCUCAUCUUUAUUCAAUUGUUUGAUAUAGCUGCUCACUGCAGGAGGCUCAGCCAUGUCUUAGGCAUUCCUCUAUUUUGGGCAUUUUGUGGCAGAAGUUACAGUUGCUGAGGCUAUUCAGAAGCACAACAGUAACAUGGUCUUCCAGUUCUGUCCAGGGAUCCUCUGGGUGAACACCGAAAGGCACUUCAUCAGUGUCCCUCAAAAACACCCUCUGCCUUAGUGGUGGAAGACAUAAGUAAACUUACAGCAACUAAGUUUUUACUUUUGGAAGUGGCAAAAAAUAUGGAAGUAGCCUUCUGAAAUCCCUCCAGCUAGGGAUCACUUGAAAGAUUCCAAAGCAUACAGGUACUGGGUGCCUUUAGAUGCUUGUUUUGGGAAAAAUAGUGUAUUUGACUUGCCCAAUAACAACAGUUUUUCCAGCACAAUGUUAAGUGGCCCUGU